AUGUCGGGCAAUAGGAUAGCGAUCAUCGGUGCGGGUCAGUCUGGUUUGGGUGCAUUCAACGCCUGCCGGGAACAGCACUUCGACGAUGUGGUCGUGUAUGAGAGGUCCGACAGUCUGUGCGGUCUGUGGGCUAAUAGGGAUGAAACACAACGGGAGGUGUGCAAUACCGGCGCCCGACUAUUGCCAAACACAACACUUAACAGUAGUAAAGAGAUGAGCGCCUACUCCGACUUCCCGUUCCCACAACACUAUCCCAAUUAUGUUCACCACACGCUUAUGAGAGAAUACCUGUUAUUAUACGCGGAGAGAAUCGGUAUUAAAGAUAACGUAAAACUAAGACACGAGUUAAUUGGUUGCCAACAAAACACGGACUACGACCGGACGGGUCGAUGGAGGCUAACGGUGCGCGACAUCGACAACAACCGGGUGUUUGAUGACGUGGUCGAUGGGGUGAUUGGCCAGCGGGUGGUUGUGUUGGGCGUCGGCAACUCAGGCAUUGAUAUGGCGGUCGAGUUGACCAAACCUAAGCACCGGGUGUUCUCUCAGGGCGUAGUGUUUAGCGAUGAUCUGGCUAAUAAUAUUAUUAAGGGCUUAAUUACUAUGAAAAGUGAUAUUCAAGAAUUCACUGCGACCGGGGUUAUAUUUGAAGACGAAACUGUUGAGACACCGUGCGAUACCGUCAUAUACGGCACCGGUUACCAACAGUGGUACCCAUAUUUGCCGGACGAGUUACGCCCGGAGCUGAACCCCUCCCUUAAACUAUACAAACACAUAUUCUACCCGCACCUAAAACACGCGCACACUCUGGCCAUUACGUUCAAUAUAACACCGGCCGGUGCGGCCAAUCCAAUCACUGAACAACAAUCUCGGUAUUUUGCGCUAUUGAUGGUCGACAGGUGCCGAUUGCCAUCCGAGAAACGUAUGCUCCGGCAUAUCCGGCGCCAAAAGGCGUGGGUUAUCCGACACUACCCCCGGUAUGACAAGCACUCAACGCACGUGCGAUAUAUUAAAUAUAUGGAUGAAUUGGCCCGAGAAAUGGGUGUUAAGCCCCGGCUCUGGAAUUAUGCGUUCACUGACCCAAAGCUCUGGUGGCGUCUAUACGCCGGUCCCUGCGUUCCCUAUCAGUACAGAUUAGAUUAG